AAUCUCCCCAUACUUUGUGGUUCAGUUAUUAUGACACCAGGAUAUGUUAUUCAUCUUUCCAAACAUAACGAAGCCGUAGAACCGCACUGAAACUUCAUGCCGUUACCACGAUUAUCCAGUUUAUCGACUAAUUAGACGUGCAAGCUUGCGGCCCAGAAUUCUUCGCCGACCGGGCCGGCCGGCCGGCGUUUAAGCACCGCUGGAAAGGUAAACAAAGCUUCUCACACAACGUUUCUCGGAAAAUUACGUCAUUUUUAUUCAAUAAUUAUGGCGAUGUGCCUUUCAUUCAUCCCUGACCUUGUUGCCCAUAAAACCCCACUGAGCUUUAGCUCUAGACUGAGGUUUAAUUCUCAGGAAGCUCUGUUUUUACUCCGUAAAUGUACCACUUUUAAUAAAUUGAAGUCAAUCCAUUCCAGAAUUAUCCGCCACGGCCUUACUGACGAUCAAUUAGUUGUUCGAAAAUUACUUGAUAUUUGCUCUUCUUAUGGCAAAAUGGACUAUGCCCUUUUAGUCUUUCAUCAAAUCCAGCGCCCCCAUGCCUUUACCUGGAAUCUUAUGAUUAGGGCACUUACUAGGACUGACAGGUCCCGGCAAGCUUUGGAUUUGUUUAACCUUAUGAUAUGCAAAGGCUUUGCGCCUGAUAAGUUCACCUUUCCGUUUGUUAUUAAAGCUUGCUUGGCGGCUUUUGAUGUUGAGAAGGGCAAAGAGGUCCAUGGUUUGGCUGUUAAAACGGGAUUUUCCCGAGACAUGUUUGUGCAGAAUACUUUGAUGGAUCUUUAUUUCAAGUGUGGGGAUGUAGAUAGUGGAACUAAGCUGUUUGAGAAAAUGCGUGUACGAAGUGUUGUUUCAUGGACAACUAUGAUUACCGGCCUUGCUGCUUCUGGGGAUUUGGAUGCUGCCCGGGCUGUUUUUGAGCAAAUGAAAUCAAGAAAUGUUGUAUCAUGGACAGCCAUGAUUAAUGCUUAUGUUAGGCAUCAACAACCUCAGGAGGCCUUUGAAUUGUUCUGGAGAAUGCAACUUGACAAUGUCAGACCAAAUGAAUUUACACUUGUUAGCUUGUUUCAAGCAUGUACCGACCUGGGAAGUCUAAAAUUGGGUAGUUGGAUUCAUGACUUUGCUCUUAAAAAUGGGUUCAAACUUGGAGUUUACCUAGGGACUGCUCUUAUAGACAUGUAUAGCAAAUGCGGUAGUUUGGAGGAUGCUAGGAAAGUGUUUGAUGAGAUGCGAUUUAAGAACUUAGCUACUUGGAAUUCUAUGAUUACUAGCUUGGGUGUGCAUGGGUGUGGAGAGGAAGCCCUUGCUCUUUUUGUGCAGAUGGAGAAAACAAAUAUUCAGCCAGAUGCAAUCACUUUUGUGGGUGUUUUAUGUGCUUGUGUACAGACAAAUAAUGUAGAUGAAGGUUGCCGGUACUUCCAGUAUAUGCGAGAAAAUUAUGGUAUCACACCGAUUUUAGAGCAUUAUACUUGCAUGAUUGAGCUAUAUAAUCGUGAAAACAUGAACGAUGAGAUUUACAAACUUCUGAAUUCCUUGCCAGAUAAGCUGGAUGAGAAUACAGUGGCAGCAUUGCUGAGAUUGAACGCCAUGCCUGAGAAGCUCAAUGAGAAUACAGAGGCAGCGUUGCAAAGGCCGAAUGUAAUUCCAGAGAAGCUGAAUGAGAAUACAGAGGCAGUAUUGCCAAGGCUGAAUGUUGUGCCCAAGCUGAAUGGGAAUACAGCGGCAGCAUGGUUUACACCAAGUCUUGACAAGAGAGUGGCUGAUGUGGAGAAAAAUUCUUUCCAGUUUACAAAUCAAUCUAACUGCUUGGGAGUGUUUACAUGCUAUGUCCCUCAAUAUCAGCUCCAAUGCUUCAAGUGGGAUGUGGGCUAACUUUAGUGGAUGGUUUUCUGACUGUUUAAUUACAUUUUAUAUUGUACACAUUGUAAUCACCGAGGAAGGAGCCUUGUAUCAAAGUAGAACCUCCAAUCAUACGAAACCCUGAUUCUUAUAAACAUUUCAAGUAAAAUAAUUCAAAGAAGUUUUGUAGAUUGAAA